GAAAAAUAAAAAAAAUAGUUAAACAACAGUCACAGUCGGUGGUGGAGGUAAGGACAUGGCUUCUGCCCUGCGCUCAGUGAAGGUGAACCCGCGGGUCCGAGCGGUGCAGACCGCAACCACCGGGGACUCGAUCCGAGACCUACAGCAAAAGCUAAAGGAGGAGCGGGAGGCGAAACGAGCUCGGCUGGAUGGCAGACACGACUACGUGCUCAGUAUCGUGGCCUCCUGUACGGACCUGGAGAAGUCAGAGGUGGAGGAUGCAGUCUUGGAAGGGGCUCAGAUUGAUCGGAUUGAGCAGUUCUUUGCAGCCAAUGGACUUCCACAUCUCAUGUUUUAUUAUCAAGACACAGAUUCCUCAGACUCAGCAGGUUUGUCCUCAAUGAUUCGCGGUAAGAAAGCUAGAGUGUUUGUGACAGAGGGCUCUGACGUCGCUCUGACUGGUGUGUGUGUUUUCUUCACCCGGGUGAAUACCACCAAACCCAUCAGCGCUGAGAGUGUACACAGGGACGUAAACUUCAACAUGCUGGACACUACCGGGGUGGGUUUGCUAAAAAGCGUGGAGCAGCUUCUCUCCGAGAUUUUCAUCCCCACUUUAAGGAAGAUGAACCAUGGCUGGGGCGAGUUGUCCAGCCCUCAGGCUCAGCCGGUCAAACAGGACUUCAUCAGCUCUCUGGAGAAUUUCGUAUCAGUGCUAGCCGGGGCACAGGAGAGUCUGGAGGAGAAGGUGAACCUCAAAGAGUGUGACACGUUUGAUCUGAAAACCCUGAGAGGACCGUCAGACUACACGGCCAUGGCUAACAGCACAGAAGCUCUGGAGAAGAUCGAAUCCUGCAUGAAAGUCUGGAUCAAGCAGAUUGAGCAGGUGUUAGCAGAGAGUGACCAGCUCAGGAAGGAAGCAGAUGAUCUGGGGCCCCGAGCAGAGCUGGAUCAUUGGAAGAAGCGCAUGUCUCGUUUUAACUACCUGCUGGAUCAGCUCAAGAGUCCCGAUGUGAAAGCUGUGCUGGGCGUCCUCAUAAUGGCCAAGUCCAAACUCAUCAAGGCUUGGAAAGAAUUAGACAUCAGAAUCACGGAUUCAGCAAAUGAGGCCAAAGAUAACGUGAAGUACCUGUACACCCUGGAGAGGUUCUGUGACCCUCUGUACAACAGCGACCCUGUCUCAAUGGUGGAGGCCAUCCCUGGUCUCAUAAAUGCCAUCCGCAUGAUCCACAGCAUCUCCCGUUAUUACAACACCUCGGAGAAGAUCACCUCACUUUUUGUUAAAGUCACAAACCAAAUGAUAACAGCCUGCAAGGCUUACAUCACCAAUAACGGUUCAGCUACAAUUUGGGAACAGACACAGGAAGUGGUAGCGGAGAAGCUACGAGCUGCGAUACGUUUAAACCAGGAGUACCAGAAGUACUUCCACAAGACCAAGCAGAAGCUGGAGGAGAGUCCAUCCGAGCGGCAGUUUGACUUCAGUGAGAUGUACAUCUUUGGCAAGUUUGACACCUUUCAGAGACGCCUAAACAAAAUCUUAGCCAUGUUCAGCACCAUCAGAACCUAUUCAGCCCUUCAGGACUCCAAAAUUGAGGGGCUGGAAACUAUGGCUACCAGAUUUCAGGCUAUUAUGCUAGCUAUGAAGAACAAGCAGUACAAUUUCCUGGACCAGAGAAGAACAGAUUUUGAUCAGGACUAUGAGGAGUUUUCCAGACAGACCACUGAGCUGCACAACCAACUAAAGACCUUCAUGGACAAAACCUUCGACAAAAUUCAGAGUACUGAGAGAGCACUGAAUGUUCUAAAGAAAUUUGAAAGACUCGGCAUCUCAGACCUGGGCAUCACUGAGAAGUACCAGAAGGUCCUUCAGAACUAUGGGCAUGAUAUUGAGAUGGUCUCUCGUAUCUACACCAAGCAGAAGAUGGAGCCGCCCAUCGCGCGAGGCCUCCCCCCUAUUGCUGGAAAGAUCUUGUGGGCUCGGCAGCUGUACCGGAGAAUCCAGGAGCCCAUGGACCUGUUCCAGCAGCACGACGGGGUACUUAACACGGCCGAGGCAAAGCGUAUCAUUCGAAACUACAACCGUGUGGCCAAAGUGCUGCUGGAGUUUGAGGUUCUCUAUCAUCGAAGCUGGAUGUCACAGAUGGAAGUGGCUAAAUUGGGCCUGCAGGCCUCUUUGCUGGUCAAGUGUCCAGAAACUCGGGAACUAUACGUCAACUUCGACCCCGAGAUCCUGACUCAGAUCAGAGAGACGGAGUGCAUGAUCCGGAUGGGGUUGGAAAUUCCACCCUUUGCCACAGUCCUACGGCAGAGACAGGACGGCCUUAAAAAGAACUACAACAAACUUAAGAUGGUUUUAGCAGAAAACUCCAGGGUGAGGGCGAAGAUCCAGCCCUUCUUCGAGCAGCUGCUCGUUCCACACGUGGCCAAAGUGGACGAAGCUAUCCAGCCGGGCCUGAUCUUGCUGAACUGGACCUCACUGAGCAUCGACAAAUACGUCAACCGCAUUACCGCAGCGCUCGAAGAGUUGGAGCUGCUGCUGGACCGUGUAAACGAUCUGAUUCAGUUCAGGAUUGACGCUGUACUGCAGGAGAUGAGCGGCGCUACGCUGUGUGCCCUGCCCGAGGACGAUCCCGUCACAUGUGAGGAGUUUGUACAAUCCACCAAGGAGCUUUGCAUCAAAGGUGCCAAGCUGCUCCAUGUAAAGAGCUCUCUGGUGGAGGAAGCAGCCAACGAGCUGAUCAACAUGCUGCUGGAGGUGGAGCAAAAGAAGGAUGAAGAUGAGAAGAGGGGUACAGAUGAAAGCAGAGCUGAAAGUAAGGAUGGACCCGUCAACACUGAUGGAGAAGAAGAGGGUAAAUCAGAGAUGCAAGCUCUGUCGAGUACCACUGGCGGGCCCAGCGUGGGUCCAUCCCCUCCUCUGAGGAAAAAGAAGAAACGAGACCUCAUGGAGGUGAUGGAGGAAGAAGCUCAAGAACUUCUGUCACACUUUAACCACCGCAAUGUGGACGCACUGCUGCGACUCACCCGAAACACGCUGGAGACGCUGCGCAAACGCAUCCACGCCCCUUCCCUUAUGAACUUUCUAGCAGAUGCCGACUUUGCCAGCCGGCAGAAAGGUGGCGGUCAGCAGCCCAUCUUCCGAGCCGGAGUGUGCCUCGCCAUCCCCAACAUCACCAUGGUGCCAGCGCUGGAGGAGAUCCAGCAGGCAUUAAAUAAAGCUGUGGAGUGUGUGGUCAGCGUCAGCAAGGGGGUCAGCCAAUGGAGCAAGGAAAGAAUAUCAAAGAGAAAGAUGAGUGAGAGGCGCAUGGUGGCUCUGACGCAGGACAGCAAAGACAGCGACUCAGAGGACGGCGAGACGACGCAUCACAGUAUCGCUGAUUGCAGCUCCUCAGACAUCUCAGCCUCCGUCACUCAGGCUGUUCCUGUUCAGGUCAGGAAUUACUACAAAAGCGUAUCGGAGAACAAAGAGAUCGUCAAACUGGUGUCAGUACUCAGCACCUCUGUCAACUCCACCAAGAAGGAAGUGAUGAAUGCCUUAGAGCGCUUCGGCAGAUAUCACCACAUCUGGAGGAAGGACAGAGAAAGCACCAUCCAGAUGUUUGAGCAGGAAAACCCACUGCUGGCUGAAUUCGAGGCUCAGAUCCUUUACUACAGAGACCUGGAGCUGGAAAUCAAUGCGGAGCCGGAGUUCAUUACAGUAGGAGCGUUGGCAUUAUACACAGCUGAUCUCAAGCUGGCCCUCACAGUCGAGACUAAGAGCUGGAUGAAGGACUUCGGGCGGCACUGUAACAGGAAGUACCGUGGCGAGAUGGAGCAGAUCCUGGCGUUUGUGGAUGAAGCUGGUAAGAAGCUGAACCGUCAGAUCAAAGACCUGGACGACAUCCGCAUCACCAUGGCGGCGCUCAAGGAGAUCCGAGAGCAUCAGAUCUCUGUCGACUUCCAAGUGUCACCCAUCGAGGAAUCGUACGCCAUGCUGAACAAGUACGAGCUGAGUGUAGUGAAGGAGGAGAUGGAGAAGGUGGAUACGCUACGUUACGCCUGGGAAAAACUGCUGAACCGGAGCGCUGAGGUUCAGAACGAGCUGGUCUCAUUACAGCCCAAAUUCAGAGAAGAGCUGAUUAGCAAUGUGCAGACCUUCGUGGAGGACAGUGACCAUUUCUACGGCGACUACGAUAAGAAUGGUCCUAUGGUGGUUGGCUUGGCUCCCCAGGAGGCCAGUGAUCGACUCAUUAUGUUUCAGAACCGCUUCGAUAACCUGUACCGUAAAUACAUCACCUACACUGGUGGGGAGGAGCUUUUCGGCUUGCCUGUUACCCAGCAUCCUCAGCUGCUGGAGAUCAAGAAACAGCUGACGCUGUUACAGAAGCUCUACGGCCUUUACAACAACGUCAUCGAAACCGUCAACGGAUAUUACGACAUCCCGUGGGCCGACGUCCACAUCGAGAGGAUCAACAACGAGCUCCUCGAAUUCCAGUCACGCUGUCGUAAGCUUCCUCGAGCACUAAAAGAAUGGCAGGCCUUCCUGGACCUGAAGAAGACUAUCGAUGAAUUCAGUGAGUGCUGCCCUCUGCUGGAACUGAUGGCCGACCGCGCCAUGAUGACGCGUCACUGGAAACGCAUCACCGAACUCACGGGCCACACUUUUGAAGUGGAAACAGACACCUUCAAGCUGCGCAACAUCAUGGAAGCACCUCUGCUGAAGUAUAAAGAGGAAAUCGAAGAUAUCUGCAUCAGCGCCGUGAAGGAGCGAGACAUCGAGCAGAAGCUGAAGCAGGUGAUAGCCGAGUGGGACAACAAGACGUUCACGUUCGCCCAGUUCAAAAGCCGCGGAGAGCUGCUGCUGCGGGGGGACAGCACGUCCGAAAUCAUCAGCAGUAUGGAGGACAGUCUGAUGAUGCUGGGAUCCCUCAUGAGCAACAGGUACAACACUCCAUUCAAAGCUCAGAUCCAAAAAUGGGUGCAGAACUUGUCCAACACCACCGACAUUAUUGAGAACUGGAUGACGGUGCAGAAUCUGUGGAUCUACCUGGAGGCCGUGUUUGUAGGAGGAGACAUAGCCAAACAACUUCCCAAGGAGGCCAAGCGCUUUUCCAACAUCGAUAAAUCCUGGGUGAAGAUCAUGACUCGGGCACAUGAGAUGCCCAACGUGGUGCAGUCAUGUGUGGGUGAUGAGACCAUGGGUCAAUUACUUCCUCAUCUACUGGAGCAGCUGGAGAUGUGCCAAAAAUCUCUCACUGGGUAUCUGGAGAAAAAGCGUCUGAUGUUCCCUCGGUUCUUCUUCGUAUCUGAUCCGGCUUUGCUGGAGAUCCUGGGUCAGGCGUCUGAUUCUCACACCAUCCAGGCUCACCUGCUGAACGUCUUCGACAACAUCAAAUCUGUCCGAUUCCACGAUAAGGUGUACGAUCGAAUCCUGGCCAUCUCAUCCCGUGAAGGUGAAUCGGUGGAGCUGGACCGACCUGUGAUGGCCGAGGGAAACGUGGAGGUUUGGCUAAACGGCCUGCUGAAAGAGUCCCAGAGAUCUUUACACCUAAUCAUCCGUCAGGCUGCCCUUGCUAUCCUAGAUCCCACCUUCAAUCUAAUCGACUUCAUGGAUUCCUACCCUGCCCAGGUGGGUUUGCUGGGAAUCCAGAUGAUUUGGACGAAAGAUUCUGAAGAAGCUUUGACCAACGCUCGAUACGACCGGAAAAUUAUGGCUAAAACCAACCAGGCAUUCCUGGAGUUGCUCAAUACUCUGAUCGACAUGACCACCAAAGAUUUAAGCACCAUAGAACGAACCAAAUAUGAAACCCUCAUCACCAUCCACGUGCAUCAGAGAGACAUCUUUGAUGACCUGUGUCGGCUGCACAUUAAAAGCCCCUCAGAUUUUGAGUGGCUGAAACAGUGUCGCUUCUACUUUAUCGACGAUUCAGACAAGAUGAUGAUCAACAUCACAGAUGUGAAUUUCAUCUAUCAAAACGAGUUUCUGGGCUGCACCGAUCGCCUCGUCAUCACUCCACUCACAGACAGGUGCUACAUCACGUUGGCUCAGGCGUUAGGGAUGAGCAUGGGUGGAGCCCCGGCUGGACCAGCCGGAACCGGGAAGACAGAGACAACAAAAGACAUGGGCCGUUGUCUUGGAAAAUAUGUGGUGGUCUUUAACUGUUCUGACCAGAUGGACUUCAGGGGACUCGGCAGGAUAUAUAAAGGUCUUGCUCAGUCGGGAUCCUGGGGCUGUUUUGACGAGUUCAACCGAAUUGAGCUGCCUGUGUUAUCCGUGGCAGCUCAGCAGAUCUCCAUCGUCCUGACCUGCAAGAAGGAGCGUCGCAAGAACUUCAUCUUUACUGACGGAGACUCUGUGGAAAUGAAUCCAGAGUUUGGCCUCUUCUUGACCAUGAACCCUGGAUAUGCUGGGCGUCAGGAACUCCCCGAGAACCUGAAGAUCAACUUCCGCUCCGUGGCCAUGAUGGUCCCCGAUCGGCAGAUUAUCAUCCGGGUGAAACUGGCCAGCUGUGGCUUUAUCGACAACAUUGAGCUGGCCAGGAAGUUCUUCACUCUGUACAAACUGUGUGAGGAGCAGCUCUCCAAGCAGGUUCACUAUGAUUUCGGACUGAGGAACAUCCUGUCUGUUCUGCGUACUCUGGGUGCUGCCAAGCGCGCCAACCCCAAUGAUACAGAAUCUACUAUCGUCAUGAGGGUCUUGCGGGACAUGAACCUGUCCAAACUUAUUGAUGAAGAUGAGCCGCUGUUCCUCAGCCUGAUAGAAGAUCUAUUCCCGGGAAUACAGCUGGACAAAGCAGGAUAUCCUCAACUCGAGUCUGCCAUAGAGAAACAGGUCACAGAGGCCGGUCUUAUUAAUCACCCCCCCUGGAGACUGAAGGUGAUCCAGCUGUUUGAGACUCAGCUCGUACGACAUGGCAUGAUGGCACUGGGUCCGAGCGGAGCCGGCAAAACCACCUGCAUCCACACGCUCAUGAAAGCCAUGACAGACUGCGGACAGCCUCACCGUGAAAUGAGAAUGAAUCCUAAAGCCAUUACAGCGGCGCAGAUGUUCGGCAGGCUUGACGUGGCCACAAAUGAUUGGACUGAUGGAAUUUUUUCCACGCUCUGGAGAAAGACGCUAAGGGCAAAAAAAGGAGAGCACAUAUGGAUUGUGUUAGAUGGCCCAGUCGAUGCCAUCUGGAUCGAAAACUUGAAUUCGGUGCUGGAUGACAACCGCACGCUGACGCUCGCCAACGGUGACCGCAUCCCCAUGGCGCCCAACUGCAAGAUCGUAUUCGAACCACACAACAUUGACAACGCCUCGCCCGCCACUGUCUCACGUAACGGGAUGGUGUUCAUGAGCUCCUCCGUGCUCGGCUGGAGCCCCAUCCUCGAGGGCUGGUUAAGAAAGCGUUCUCCACAGGAAGCUGAGAUUCUGCGUGAGCUCUUUUCUGGCUCAUUUUCAGAGCUCUAUCGUUUUAGUGUGCAAAAUUUAGAGUAUAAGAUGGACAUGCUGGAGGCGUUCAUCGUCAUGCAGUGCAUCAACAUGCUGCAGGGGCUCCUACAGGUUCCCAAGGAGUUGGGAAUCGAAGUAAUGAAGGAGCAUAUGGAGCGUCUGUAUGUUUUCUCUCUCAUGUGGAGUGUUGGUGCCCUCCUGGAGCUGGACGAUAGGAGAAAGAUGGAAAACUGGCUGCGCCGUCACGAGAACAUCCGCUUAGAUCUGCCAGCCGUGCCUUCCAACAGUGAGGACACCAUGUUCGACUACCAUGUCACAUCUGACGGACACUGGGUGCACUGGAACACACGUAUGGAGGAGUACAUCUAUCCUGCCGACUCGACACCUGAUUACGGCUCCAUCCUGGUGCCAAAUGUGGACAACGUGCGCACUGAUUUCCUCAUCCAGACUAUUGCCAAGCAGGGCAAGGCUGUGCUUUUGAUUGGUGAACAGGGCACUGCCAAGACUGUCAUCAUCAAACGCUUCUUAUCCAAACAUGACCCAGAAUCUCAUAUCACCAAGAGUCUGAACUUCUCCUCAGCUACCACACCACUCAUGUUCCAGCGAUCUGUGGAGAGCUACCUGGACAAGCGGAUGGGCACAACUUACGGCCCACCUGCGGGCAAGAAGAUGUCUGUUUUUAUUGAUGACAUCAAUAUGCCCAUCAUCAAUGAGUGGGGAGACCAGGUCACCAAUGAGAUUGUACGCCAGCUGAUGGAACAGAGGGGCUUCUAUAACCUGGAGAAACCCGGCGAGUUCACCAACAUAGUGGACAUCCAAUUCCUGGCAGCCAUGAUUCACCCAGGGGGAGGACGCAAUGACAUUCCUCAGAGGCUCAAAAGGCAAUUCUCCAUCUUUAACUGUACGCUGCCCUCCAAUGCCUCCAUCGACAAAAUCUUUGGAGUGAUCGGUACAGGCCAUUUCUGUUCACGCCGUGGUUUCUCGCAGGCUGUGAGGGACACCGUUGCUCAGCUUGUGCCUUUGACUCGCAGCUUGUGGCAGACCACCAAGCUGAAAAUGCUGCCCACGCCGGCCAACUUUCAUUAUAUCUUUAACCUUCGAGACCUGUCACGUAUCUGGCAGGGCAUGCUGAACAUCACGGCUGAUGUGCUCCACUCACCAGAGAUCCUGUUGCAGCUCUGGAAGCAUGAGUGUAAACGUGUAAUUGCAGACCGCUUCACCAGCCCGGACGAUGUGACAUGGUUUGACCAGACGCUAGCUGACUUGGCAAAGAAAGAGCUGGGUGAGGCUGGCAAAGCUAUAGUCGAUUCUGGAAUGGAUACCUACUUUGUAGACUUUUUGAGGGAUGCGCCUGAGGCUACAGGAGAGGAACCAGAAGGGACUACUUUUGACAUGCCCAAAUUGUACGAGCCCAUCGUUUCCUUCAGCAGCCUGAGUGAGAGAUUAAACAUGUUCCUGAGCCUAUACAAUGAGAGCAUCAGAGGAGCCGGCAUGGACCUAGUAUUCUUUACUGAUGCCAUGAUCCACCUUAUCAAGGUAUCUCGAAUAAUCCGUACCCCACGCGGGAACGCCCUUCUGGUUGGAGUGGGCGGCUCAGGCAAGCAGAGUUUGACCAGACUGGCAUCUUUCAUCGCUGGCUACAAGACUUUUCAGAUCACUCUGACUCGGUCUUACAACACUCCAAACCUGAUGGAGGAUCUGAAGGCUCUGUACAGGAUGGCAGGGCAGCAGGGUCGAGGUGUUACCUUUAUCUUCACUGAUAAUGAGAUCAAAGACGAGGCUUUCCUCGAGUACAUGAACAAUGUGCUGUCAUCUGGAGAGGUGUCCAACCUUUUUGCACGUGAUGAAAUGGACGAGAUCCUCAGUGACCUCAUUCCGGUCAUGAAGCGAGAGUUUCCACGUCGACCGCCCACUAACGAGAGCCUACGGGACUACUUCAUGAGUCGAGUGAGGCAAAACCUGCACGUGGUGCUGUGUUUCUCACCGGUGGGGGAAAAGUUCCGCAACAGAGCGCUGAAGUUUCCCGCCCUCAUCUCCGGCUGCACCAUGGACUGGUUUAGCCGCUGGCCCAAAGAUGCCCUUGUGGCAGUCUCGGAGCAUUUCCUGUCCACAUACAACAUCGACUGCACACCUGAGGUGAAAAAAGAAAUGGUCCAGUGCAUGGGCUCCUUCCAAGAUAAUGUGGCAGAGAAGUGUGUGGAGUACUUCCAGAGAUAUCGCCGCUCCACUCACGUCACACCGAAAUCCUACCUGUCAUUUAUCCAGGGCUACAAGAGCAUUUACAAAGAGAAGCACUCAGAAGUUCAGACCCUUGCUGACAGGAUGAACACUGGCCUUCAGAAGCUGAAGGAAGCCUCUGAUUCAGUCUCGGCUCUUAGCAUUGAGCUGGAGGUGAAGGAGAAGGAGCUGCAGGUCGCAAACAAAAGGGCUGACAUGGUCCUAAAGGAGGUGACGGUAAAGGCUCAGGCAGCUGAAAAGGUGAAGGUGGAGGUGCAGAAAGUGAAGGACAAGGCUCAGGCCAUCGUGGACAGCAUCUCAGCAGACAAGGCCAUAGCUGAGGGGAAGCUGGAGGCGGCUAAGCCGGCACUGGAGGAGGCUGAGGCUGCACUGCAGACGAUCAAACCCUCAGAUAUUGCGACGGUGCGGACCUUGGGCAGACCCCCUCACCUCAUCAUGCGCAUCAUGGACUGUGUACUGCUGCUUUUCCAGCGAAGACUCAACCCACUAAAAAUCGACCCUGAAAAGAACUGCAUGACUCCAUCGUGGCAGGAGUCGCUUAAGCUCAUGACUGCCGGGAACUUCCUGGGAAGUCUGCAGCAAUUCCCCAAAGACACCAUCAACGAGGAGGUGAUGGAGCUCCUGUGCCCGUACUUUGAGAUGCCCGACUACAACAUCGAGACGGCCAAACGUGUGUGUGGUAACGUAGCAGGUCUGUGCUCCUGGACCAAAGCCAUGGCCUCCUUCUUCACCAUCAAUAAGGAAGUCCUGCCUCUAAAGGCUAAUCUGGUGGUGCAGGAGAACAAGUUAACCAUCGCUAAUGCAGAUCUGCAGACGGCUCAGGCUGAGCUGGAUGAGAAGCAGGCAGAGCUAGACGUGGUGCAGGCCGAAUAUGACAAAGCCAUGAUGGAGAAACAGACGCUGCUGGAGGAUGCUGAACGCUGCAGACACAAGAUGCAGACGGCGUCCAGUCUGAUCAGCGGGCUAGCGGGUGAAAAAGCUCGCUGGACCGAACAGAGCAAAGAGUUUGCUGCUCAGACAAAGAGGCUUGUUGGUGAUGUAUUGCUGGCCACAGCCUUCCUCUCCUAUUCCGGUCCCUUCAAUCAAGAGUUCCGUAACCUCCUGCUAAGCGACUGGCAAAGGGAGAUGAGGUCACGCCAGAUCCCCUUUGGCGCUAACCUGAACCUGGCGGAGAUGUUGACUGAUGCUCCGACCGUGAGUGAGUGGAACCUGCAGGGUCUGCCCAACGAUGAUUUAUCUAUCCAGAACGGCAUCAUCGUGGACAAAGCAGCACGAUUCCCACUGCUUAUUGACCCACAGACGCAGGGCAAGUCCUGGAUCAAAAAUAAAGAGGCCAAGAAUGAGCUUCAGAUCACAUCUCUGAAUCACAAGUACUUCAGAAACCAUCUAGAGGACAGUCUGUCUCUGGGACGCCCCCUCCUGAUCGAGGACGUAGGGGAGGAGCUCGAUCCCGCUCUGGAUAACGUUCUGGAAAAGAACUUCAUUAAGACUGGGACAACAUACAAGGUAAAAGUGGGCGAUAAAGAGGUGGAUGUGAUGAAGGGGUUCAGACUUUACGUCACCACCAAGCUGCCCAAUCCUGCGUACACUCCAGAGAUCAGUGCUCGCACCUCAAUCAUCGAUUUCACCGUCACCAUGAGAGGCCUGGAGGAGCAGCUGCUCGGCCGGGUCAUCCUCACUGAAAAACAGGAGCUGGAGAAGGAGCGCACAGACCUUCUAGAGGACGUGACAUCCAACAAGCGCAAGAUGAAGGAGCUGGAGGACAACCUGUUGUUCAGACUGACCAGCACUAAGGGUUCACUGGUUGAUGAUGAAAGCCUGAUUACUGUGCUGGGUAACACUAAGCGAACAGCUGAAGAGGUCACGCUGAAGCUCCAGAUCGCUGCUGAAACUGAGGUCCAGAUAAAUGCAGCACGAGAAGAGUACAGACCCGUGGCGACCAGAGGAAGCAUUCUGUAUUUCCUGAUCACGGAGAUGAGCAUGGUUAAUGUGAUGUACCAGACAUCACUACGCCAAUUUCUGGGCUUGUUCGACCUGUCAUUGGCCAGGUCUUUAAAGAGUCCAAUCACAAGCAAGAGAAUUGCUAACAUCAUUGAUCACAUGACCUUUGAAGUGCAUAAGUAUGCAGCCAGAGGCCUGUACGAGGAGCACAAGUUCCUGUUCACCCUGCUGUUAGCUCUCAAGAUCGACAUGCAGAGCAACCGCAUCAAACACGAGGAGUUUCUGACCCUAAUUAAAGGUGGAGCUUCUCUGGAUCUGAAAGCCUGCCCACCUAAACCAGCCAAGUGGAUUUUGGACAUGACGUGGCUCAACCUGGUUGAGCUGAGCAAGCUGUGGCAGUUUUCCGACAUCCUCGAUCAGAUUGGUCGAUUUGAGAAGCUGUGGAGAAGCUGGUUCGAUAAAGAAGCUCCAGAGGAGGAGCCGAUCCCCAACGCCUAUGAUAAAUCGCUCGACUGCUUUAGACGCCUGCUAUUUAUUCGCUCCUGGUGCCCAGACAGAACCAUCGCCCAGGCCCGUAAGUACAUCACAGACUCUUUGGGAGAGAGGUACGCUGAAGGUGUGAUACUGGACCUGGAGAAAACCUGGGAGGAAGCAGACCCACGCACUCCUCUCAUCUGCUUCCUGUCCAUGGGUUCGGACCCCACCGACUCCAUCAUCGCCCUGGGUAAAAGGUUGAAGAUCGAGACGCGCUACGUCUCCAUGGGUCAGGGACAGGAAGUGCAUGCCCGCAAACUGCUGCAGCACUGCAUGACUAACGGUGGCUGGGCUCUGCUGCAGAACUGUCACCUUGGGUUGGACUUCAUGGAUGAGCUGAUGGACACACUGACAGAGACGGACAGUGUACAUGAUGGUUUCCAUAUGUGGAUGACCACAGAGGAGCACCGCCACUUCCCCAUCACACUGCUGCAGAUGGCCAUUAAAUUUACCAACGAACCUCCACAGGGUCUCAAAGCAGGACUCAAGAGGACCUAUGGAGGGAUCAGUCAGGACCUGCUGGACGUGAGCAAUAUGCCCCAGUGGCGGCCGAUGCUGUACGGUGUGGCUUUCCUGCAUUCGACCGUCCAGGAGAGGCGCAAGUAUGGCCCUCUAGGAUGGAACAUCCCGUACGAGUUUAACCAGGCCGACUUCAAUGCCACCGUCCAGUUUGUGCAGAACCACCUGGAUGACAUGGACGUAAAGAGGGGAGUGUCCUGGACCACCGUGCGCUACAUGAUCGGUGAGAUCCAGUAUGGCGGCAGGGUGACAGAUGACUACGAUAAGCGCCUGCUGAACACCUUCGCUAAAGUGUGGUUCAGCGAGAGCAUGCUCAACACAGACUUCCAGUUCUACAAGGGUUACAGCAUCCCCCGCUGCACCAAUGUUGACCAGUAUCUCCAGUACAUACAGGGUCUUCCAGCCUACGACACCCCGGAGGUAUUUGGUUUGCAUCCCAAUGCCGACAUCACGUACCAGAGCAAACUAGCUCAGGGUGUGCUGGACACCAUCCUGAGCAUCCAGCCCAAAGACAGCUCCGGUGGAGGUGGAGAGACGAGGGAGGCCGUGGUGGCCCGACUGGCCAAUGACAUGCUGGAGAAACUUCCUCCAGAUUAUGUGCCCUUUGAGGUGAAAGAGAGGUUGAUGAAGAUGGGUCCCUUGCAGCCCAUGAACAUUUUCCUGAGGCAGGAGAUUGAGCGAAUGCAGCGAGUGUUGGUGCUGGUGAGGAACACUCUCACUGAACUCAGACUGGCCAUCGAUGGCACCAUUGUUAUGAGUGAGAUUCUCCGUGACGCCCUCGACUGCAUGUACGACGCCCGGGUCCCCGCCCGCUGGGAAAAGGCCUCAUGGGCCUCCAGUACUCUGGGUUUCUGGUUUACAGAACUCUUGGAACGAAAUCGGCAGUUUCAUGCAUGGAUCUUUGAGGGACGGCCCAACUGCUUCUGGAUGACGGGUUUCUUCAAUCCACAGGGCUUCCUUACUGCUAUGAGACAAGAAAUCACUCGAGCCAAUAAAGGCUGGGCACUGGACCGCAUGGUUCUGUGUAAUGAAGUGACCAGGUGGAUGAAGGACGAUAUCACGGCUCCUCCACAUGAAGGAGUGUACGUGUACGGGCUGUAUCUGGACGGUGCCAGCUGGGACCGCAGGAACUGCAGACUGGUCGACUCCAAACCCAAAGUCCUGUUCGAGAUGAUGCCUGUUCUCAGGAUGUUCGCUGAGAACAACGGUGUAAAGGACCCUCGUCUCUACUCCUGUCCCAUCUAUAAGAAACCCGUGAGGACCGAUCUGAACUAUAUAGCAGCUGUGGACCUGCGGACCACUCAACCCCCCGAGUACUGGAUCUUACGAGGAGUAGCUCUACUGUGUGAUGUUAAAUAAUACACUUAUAUGCUAUCUAUUACCUUACUGAGGCACGAGUUUGAUUGUGAUUGUGAAGGUUUUACUGUGAAUGAUUUUACCUGUUCUUGUUUCCUCUAUAAAACUUAAUAACACUUAAAAUUCAUUAAAAUAUAA